GUGGUCCCAUAAAUACCCCAAAACGCUCGUUUCACUGCCCACUUCUUCCGAUCCUUUCACUGUUAACCCUAACGAAACCCUAAUCCGCCUCCGAUCGGCCACGCUUUCGCUCCAAUCUUGCGCGCAGGCAUUCUUCCUUGUGAAUACACUAUGGAUGCUUCAGCCUCUAUUCCUGAUAGUGGCACUUAUGCAACCAGUGUUGCUGUUGAUGUUGAGCAGCCCGCUUCGUCUGCAGUUUAUGUCUCGGGUGGUGGCUCAGAUGCUGCUGAUGGGCAUCUGCCUAGCACAAAUUUGAGUGCUGCGUCACAAGAGUCAGCUCAUGUUGUGGCGCUUGAAUCCAAGCCUGAUGACACAGUUCCUGAUGUCAGUGAAAAUCCCGUACAUGAAAAUGCAAUGGAUGUGUCAGCGCAUGCAGUAGGCUAUGAAUCUGUUAACGGAGGUUCGAGUGAAAUGGCCGGUUACCAGUCCACUGCAGUUACUGAAAAUGGAAGUGUAGAAAAUGAAAUUGGUGGCCCUGUUGCUCAGGAGAAUUUUGAUGAUGUGCUCUCACCAGAGGAGGAAAGGUUAUGGAAUUUGGUGAGGGUUAAUUGUCUAGACUUCAAUUCGUGGACAGCCCUCAUUGAAGAAACGGAAAAAGUUGCUGAGAAUAACAUUGGGAAGAUUCGGAAAGUUUAUGAUGCAUUUUUAGUGGAAUUCCCCUUGUGUUUUGGCUAUUGGAAGAAGUAUGCUGAUCAUGAGGGACGUUUAGACAGUGUUGACAAGGUUAUUGAGGUGUAUGAACGCGCUGUCUUGGCGGUGACAUAUUCUGUGGACAUUUGGUUGCAUUAUUGUGUUUUUACAAUGUCAACAUAUGAAGAUCCAGAUGUUAUACGAAGGCUUUUUGAAAGAGGACUAGCAUAUGUUGGCACAGACUAUCUGUCAUACCCACUGUGGGAUGAGUACAUUAGGUAUGAAGAGUCACACCAGGCAUGGAGUAAUCUGGCACUAAUUUACACCAGAAUAUUGGAGCAUCCUAUACAACAGCUGGACCGCUAUUAUAACUGUUUUAAGGAUUUGGCUGCUAGUCAUCCAUUAUCUGAAAUUCUAACUCCUGAGGAAGCUACCAUGUUGUCUGCAUCUGUUGAGGCUGACACCAAAGGAGUGGAGGGCGAGGUUCGUCCUGAUGGUCUAGAUCAAUCUUCUAAACUUGUAAGUGCAGGUUUAACAGAAGCAGAGGAGUUGGAGAAGUAUAUUGCAAUUAGGGAAGAGAUGUAUAAAAAAGCUAAAGAGUUCGAUUCUAAGAUCGUUGAUUUUGAAACAGCUAUUAGACGGCCUUACUUUCAUGUCAGGCCUCUUGAUGAUCCAGAGCUUGAUAACUGGCACAACUAUCUGGAUUUUAUUGAAAGAGGAGAUGACUUUAACAAGGUUGUUAAGUUAUAUGAAAGAUGCCUAAUUGCCUGCGCCAGCUAUCCAGAAUAUUGGAUUCGGUAUGUCUUAUGCAUGGAAGCCAGUGGAAGCAUGGAGCUUGCAAAUAAUGCUCUUGCUCGCGCUACCCAAGUCUUUGUAAAGAGGCAACCAGAAAUUCAUCUUUUUGCUGCCAGAUUUAAGGAAUACAGCGGAGAUAUUGCUGGAGCCCGUGCAGAAUACCAGGUUGUUUACACUGAAAUUUCACCUUGUUACUUGGAGGCUAUUGUGAAGCAUGCAAAUAUGGAAUAUAGAUUGGGUUUUAAAGAAGCUGCUGCUGCUGUUUAUGAGGAAAUUAUUGCAGCAGAACAGGCAAAAGAACAUUCCCAAAUAUUGCCAAUGUUACUUGUGCAAUAUUCAAGAUUUUUAUUUCUGGUUGCUGGCAAUGCAGAAAAGGCAAGGGAAGUUCUGGCUGGAGCUCAUGAGAAUGUGCAACUAUCAAAACAUUUUCUUGAGGCUGUUAUCCAUCUGGAAUCAAUUCAGCCUUCACCAAAACGUGUUGAAUAUUUGGAUUCAUUAGUGGAAAAGUAUAUUGUUCCUAAUCCUGAGAGCCCUAGCCUGGCAAUCACCUCUGACAGAGAGGAGUUGUCUUCAAUAUAUUUGGAGUUUUUGGAUCUAUUUGGAGAUGCACAGUCAAUUAAAAAGGCUGAAAAUCGACACUCAAUGCUCUUUUUGCGGCAAAAGGGUUUGUCUGUGUCAAAAAAGCAUCAUGCAGAUGAUUUCCUCUCCUCAGAUAGGGCUAAAAUAGCUAAAACCUAUGCCAACGCAUCUUCACCAGGACAUUCUGGAGCUGGCGCCUAUCUGAAUGCCCAGACCCAGUGGCCUGCUGGUUAUGGACAAAAGGCUCAAGCUUGGCCCCAGACAUCACAGGCACAAGCACAGGGACAACAGUGGAAUCCUGCAUAUGCCCCACAGGCUGGAUAUAGUGCUUAUGGUGGCUACCCAAACUAUUCCCAUCCACAGAUGCCAGCUGCUGCAGCUCCCCAGGGUGCGGCAUACGGUGCUUAUCCAUCAACAUACCCAGCCCAGAUUUACCCUCAACAGAACUAUGCUCAGCCAGCUGCUGCAGCUUUUCCUCAGCCACCAGCAUCAGUUCCUCAACAACCAUAUUAUGGCACCUAUUACUGAGGUUUUGCAAAGUGAUGGCAGAGACAACAUUUUCAUUUUGUAUAUUAGGUAGCUUAUGAUCCAAGCAAUUACAUCCAUCGUGGUUAAACUGCUCUUGCACGACGGCGUGCAUCCUUCUUGCCCUUGUCUUCCUGGACAUUCCUUCAACUUUGUGCAUGUUUCCGAGUUAUCUUGCACCAAAUCCAUGCCUUUCUAACAUUUCGAUGAUGUUAUAUGUAACUUAGAAUCCUGGGAUUCUUUAUUCUUAGUUAGGACUAAUUUUUCGGUCUUGAGUUAUGGUGUUGCUCUGAAUUUGCAUUAAGUGAUGAAAUAUCUGCACUUAUUCUGCCGACUCUAUCCUUAUUUUGGCAGGUAUAUUUCCAGAAAAGCAAAAAUUGUAACACCAUUUAUAAGCAAGCCUCCAGGAAACCUUCAAUGUGCAUUCUAUUCUGCAUUAUUGAUGUGCGAAAUCUGGUUUUGAUGGAAA